CUACCUGAAAACAUCAACAAGGGUGGAUUUCACCAACAUGCAUGACUCUGAAGUUUCCGGAGAGAUGCACAGGAAGAAGACUGGAAUCCUGACCAGCCCAUCCAUCCCCUGUGCGGGCGAAGCCUUGAUUUACAACUCUGGCUGGGAAAGCAUCUCAUCCUCUUCCCGGAUCCCCGGGCGCUCCCUCCCUCACCAUCUGAGCGGCAACCGUGCUCCAGAAGAGCCGCUCUACCAUAAAUGCUGCCUACAGGACUACAAAGAAGCUCCUGACCCAAGGAGGUACUUGUCGCAGACUGUUGCCCUUCCAUAUAUGGGAUGCGUCCAUGCGUCCCUGGCCCAUUAAAAUAGGGCAUUAAUAAUUCAAAA